UAUAUAGGUGAACAGCUAUUUUAUUUUUUAAACAUUUUGUUUGGUUUAACCAUGUUCAGGGUAGAGGCUUUCCGUGACGCAGCGUCUGCUAUGGAACAGGAGAAAGAAAUCCUGCUAGAAAUGAUCCACAAUAUACAGAACAGCCAGGAUAUGAGGCACAUCAGUGAAGGUGAGAGAGAAGAACUUAAUUUGACUGCUAAUCGUCUGAUGGGCCGCACCCUCACUGUGGAGGUUUCUGUAGAAACCAUCCGAAAUGCCCAGCAGCAGGAAUCCCUGCUGCAUGCCACAAAGAUGAUUGAUGAAAUCGUCAAUAAACUUCUAGAUGAUCUGGAAGAUGCAAAAAUCCGCUUAAUGUCACUUUACGGUGCGUGCACAUCUGACGUGCCAGCAGGACCCAUCGAUCAGAAAUUUCAGUCUGUUGUAAUUGGAUGUGCCAUUGAGGAUCAGAAGAAAAUCAAAAGGCGGCUAGAGACUCUGCUCAGAAACUUAGAAAAUUCUGAAAAGUCGAUCACGUUGUUGGAGCAUCAGAAGACAUCUGUUCGACAAUCUUGCAACAGCAAACAGGAUUAAACUAUGCUCCUGGCUACUUCUGGCGCAUCGCAGGAUGAGCAAAUCUCCAUAAAAACCACACAGAAGCUAAGAAAAAAAUUCUCUGUACAAGCACACACGUAUAUACGCAUGCACACGCACCAAAGUACCUUUGAUUGCGCGGUGUGAGCAUUUAAUGGGUUUUGGUAGCAUUGGCAUUUUCUUUUGGCAAUAAAGGAUGCUAUCAGUUCUCCUGUAGAGUCGAUACCGCUCUAUUGCAAAUUGUAAUUGUGCUUCUGCUGAACUGUCAGAAACCAUCAAAAUCUAGCCUUUCCUCCAUUCUCCUGUUGGUUUUUUUUUAAACUAAAGUUGUUUUGUCAUAUUGUGAGAUAUCAGCUUUUCUCUGCUGUAUACAUAGUGUAUGAACCAGACUUUUGGGGACAAAAGACAAAUCAUGGCAAUAAAUCAAAGACAUUAAUAAA